AUGAGUACUGAACCACGUUCUGCCGAAGUAUUGUCGACCUCGCCUCAUCGAAUUUACAUGACUGACGACCAUGUACCAAAUUCUGGCGAUGGAGCUCAGGACAACCUUUUGUCCGCUCCAGCGACGACAGACAGCACUCCUACCAGUGAGCAUCAAUCUCAGAAAGUCGAUGAGACUGGAAUGGAGACCACAACGUCGAUCCUAGCUUCAGCGCGCUCGGCUUCGACAAGGAAUAUCUUCACUCAAGUGUGGAACAAAUGGAAGAUUGAGAUCCUAGCUUGCGGACUGGCACUGUUGGCACUGUUCGCGAUUGUGAUGACUCUCAUAGUCCACGAUGGUCGACCUCUCCCUCAGUGGCCGUUCAGAAUAUCAGUCAACGCCCUUGUGUCAGUGUUUGCAGUCAUCCUCAAAGCGAGCAUGAUGCUUCCUGUCAGCGAGUCAAUCAGUCAGCUGAAGUGGACAUGGUACCAACAGCCACGACCCCUUGGUCAUUUGGCAGAAUUCGACCUAGCAAGCCGUGGACCUUGGGGAUGUUUCAAGCUUCUUCGAAGAUGCCAUGUCAGGAAUUCGUCCUCGAUCGGAGCUGCUAUAACCAUACUCGCCCUCGCUGGCGAUCCUUUUAUUCAACAGAUGAUCAGAUAUCGGUCGACUGCUUUUCUGCUCGUUACAGAUGAUGCACAGGCUUUUAUCCCACGCUCUAACAACUACAGCGUCCACGGACUUCAUCUGGGAGCCGGUUCUGAAUCGCUGAAUCUGACGGCCCAAGCUGCUGUCUAUAAGGGCGUCUACAAUUCCUAUUCAGCUGUGGAAGCAACAUGCACCUCAGGAAAUUGCACUUUUGAGGACUACAGAACUUUGGGAAUCUGCAGUCACUGCCACGAUACGAGCGGUACUAUAGUGAAGUCUUGCAACAACGAGUCUGAGUGUACUGCCGGACUGCAAGAUGGGCCAUCAUUGAGACUGCCAGGCUCAGCCGUACUGAAUGUUUCGACAGUCGUCGGUACAGGCUCCUUUCACCAUUCACGCAACGUCACUGGUUUGUCAAAAUCACAGCUUCUAGGGAGGAUUGGUGCGAUACCGAAUGAGCUGCUCGCUUUCGAAUGCGAAUUGUAUCCCUGUGUACGGACCUACGAAGCUAGUGUCGCAAAGGGCAACUUCUCAGAAACGCUACUGUCCACCUCACCGAUACCUGCGAGCGACUAUUCCGCAUUCGCUACAUAUUACGAUACACCUAUGCCUUGUCUGAUCAACGGGACAUAUCAUAAUGCGAGCGAAUUUGUCAACCCUGACGCCACAAACACGAUAGCCACUCUCGGACUGCUUCCAGAAAACCAGACCGCGUACGUACCUCUGGACUGUGCUUUCUGGUAUCAAGACCCCUUGGGAUUAGCCGAAUACCUCGGCGAUUUCCUCUUAGGUUCUGUAAACCAGUAUGGAACAUCCACUCCGGACUGGUUAGGUCAAUUGAUCUUGAUAAACAACUCCGUUGGUGCGUACCCGUCUUUCAAUCUCAUCAAUAACACAUGGAAUGCUCUUGCUGAGUCCAUAACGAUCCAUAUGCGAGAGAAUGGAGAUGCUAUUGGUAGUCAACCUGCUGCAGGAAGUGUAUAUCAGACAGAAACCUGCAUCUUGGUGCAAUGGCUUUGGAUAAUAUAUCCCGCGAGUCUUGUUGCUCUUACUCUGUUGUUCACGGCUGUCACUGUAUACAACAGUAUGUCAUACAAUCGAGACCAGAUCUGGAAAGGCUCGCCAUUGCCACUCAUGUUGCACGGGUUGGACAAUGGCAUCAGGCACGAUCACUGCGACACAAACGAGCUCAACGAGAUAGAAGCGAUGGCCAAGGAGCUUCGAGUGCAUUUCCAAAAGACAGAGGACGGAUGGAGACUGGUCGAGUUUUGA